AUGCUCCUGCUCCUGCUGCCGCUGCUCCUGCUGCUGCUGCUGCCCCUGGCCGUGCUCUGGCGCCAGCGGGCCCCGGGGCCCGGGCCGUCCUGGCUGGCCAGCCUGCAGCACCGGGUGGCCUGCGGGGCCCUGUGCUGGGCAGCCGCCUGGCAGCAGUGGAGGCUGGAGCAGAGCACCCUGCACGCGGGCCUGCGCCAGCAGCAGGCCCUGAGCCGGUGCCUGAAGCGAGCCCGGGGUCCCCCCUCUCCUCUCACGGGGAGCACAGAUAUGACCACCUUCCGGAAUCACCUCCCUUUGACCGAGGCCAGCCAGGCCCCAGAAGAAGAAAGUGGGGAGCAGCUCCUGCCCCCUGCCUCCAAACAGCACCCUGGGGAGGCCUCUCUGCAGGCCACCUUGCUGGGCCUGGCAGCCCUCAACCAGGCCUACCCAGCGGCGCUGGCCCGCGGGAGCACGGCCUGUGUGACCCCCACGUCCCCCUGGCCCCACCCUCUGCCCUGGCCGUGGCGCGCCCUCCGCCGGGCUGGCCCCCCGGGAGCCAAGGACCCCCGGGCCCUGCUGCUGGAGGCGCUGAGGUCCCCGGGGCUGCGGGCGCUGGAGGCCGGGACGGCGGCCGAACUCCUGGACGUUCUCUCGGGCCUGGAGGCCGACGGCGAGGAGCUGGCGGAGGCGCUGGCUGCCGGGAACCCAGGGGCGCCUCUCCCCGCGCGGGCGGCGGAGCUGCGGGAAGCCCUCGAGCAGGGACCCCGGGGCCUGGCCCUGCGGCUCUGGCCGGAGCUGCAGGUGGUGGUGACUCUGGAUGCGGGAGGCCAGGGCGAGGCCGUGGCUGCCCUGGAGGCCCUGUGGUGCCACGGGCUGGCCUUCUUCUCGCCGGCGUACGCCGCCUCCGGAGGCGUGGUGGGCCUGAGCCUGUGGCCAGAGCAGCCCGCUGGGCUCUACCUCCUCCCGCCGGGAGCUCCCGUGACUGAGCUGCUCCCAGUCCCGGCGGGAGGCCAGGAGGGGGCUGCCACCACCGUCCUGCUGGCCGAGGCCCAGCAAGGCCAGGAGUACGAGCUGGUGGUGACGGACCAGGCCAGCCUUACCAGGUGCCGCCUGGGUGACGUGGUUCGGGUAGCUGGUGCCUACAACCAGUGCCCCGUCGUCAGGUUCAUCGGCAGGCGGGGCCAGGCCCUGAGCGUGCGCGGGGAGGACAUCGGCGAGGACGUGUUCUCGGAGGCCCUGGGCCGGGCGGUGGGGCAGUGGCCAGGGGCCAAGCUGUUGGACCAUGUCUGUGUGGAGAGCAGCAUUCUGGAUUCCUCCGGGGGCUCCGCUGCUCCGCACUAUGAGGUGUUUGUGGCCCUGAGGGGGGUGAGGAACCUGUCGGAGGAAAAUCGAGACAAGCUGGACCGCUGCCUCCAGGAGGCCUCUCCCGGCUACAAGUCUCUGCGCUUCCGCGGCAGCGUGGGCCCGGCCAGGGUGCACCUGGUGGGGCCGGGGGCCUUCGGAGCCCUCCGGGAGGCCCUCGCCGCCUCCCCCGCGGCCCCCUUCCCCCCGGAGAUGCCCCGGGUCCUCAGGCACAGGCGCCUGGCCCGGCUCCUGCAGGGGAGAGUGAUGUCCUGA